ACGAGAGAAAAUACAAGUUGUCGGUUGUUGUCUUGAAUUCUCCUUUUGGCUUAUUCCCAUCGCGACGGUUAUUUCAACCGUGGAAUCAACAGCAGAAGGGGCCCGCCUUGGUUGUUUCCCUCUGUGUGUGUGUGUGUGUGUGUGUGUGUGUGUGGCGUGCACACACACGUAGAGAACGAAGCGAUGACGACGUCGUUAUUCGGCUACGCAUUCCGGCCGCCCGUUUGUCAUUCGAGCGAGUAGAAACACGGCGUUCGGGAGUGUUUCGACUUUUCUCCCUUCACGAAUUUGUUAUUUAUUUAUUUAGUUUUUCGAAAACAGAAAAAAAGAAGAGGGCCAAUCGUGACUCUAUUCGUGCGAGCAAAAAUACUCUGAAAAAAAGAAAGAAAAACAACUUUUGUUGUUGUGUUCGCGUGCGUACAUUUGUGUGCUGAUUGACAUUAUUAACAGUUCAGUGCCGAGGAGUCGGAUGUCACCCAAAAGUUCAACAGAGAACAAAAUAGCUAAACUGUCUGAUGAGAUAGUAUAUGCAAAUCGGUGAAAAAGAGAAGGCAAAGAGAUAAAAGUAGAAAAACAAUCAUUUUCUUUACGAAUGCUUUUGUAAACUAUCGAUUUUUCGUCAACUCUUUUUUUGUUUGUGUGUCGGUGUGUAAGCGGGUUAUGAAUCGACCGGAUGUUUGGCUGAUGGGGGUGAAAUUGGUAAAGAGAACUCGGAGAGACGGUGAGCCUCCAGCUUUUUUCUUUUGUUAGUUGAAAAAAAAAAAAAAGAAAAAGAAAAAUGUACCUGGGAAAUUUCUCCAGUAGUGAUCCAACCGGCCACCUAGACGGACGCAACAAACUAAACACCCAGACCGGAUGUCAGGGAUAACAAAAGUGCCAGCGAUACUGUUGCAAUAACAACAGCUAAGUGGUCAUCAUUGUCUGUUACAGCGGUGAUGUUUGGUGAAAACAAUUUCAUCACGAUCGAUGACGACAAUAAGAACAGGAAACGUUUUCAAAAAAGAACACAGCGCAAUAGAAAGAGUUGUACUUCAGAAUUGCGUAUCAAAAAGUGACUGUUGUAUAGACCAUCAUGUGGAAUUCAGUGUUGAUGGAUGGGGUGAAGUGGUCGUUUGACCGGUCGUCUCCACCGUUGACGGAUGGCACUCAUCCAGAUUUCGGUCUGGAAGAAACCCAAUACCGUAGUUGGAAUUUCGAAUCACACCAGCAAACCAAUUAUUCCGACUGGACAAACAGGCUUCAUCCCGGUGAAGAAGAGGAUGCGGAAGACUUAUUCGUCCCUCACGAUCCGGCCGAUUGCAGCCGAAGAAACUACACGUCAGCCGCCGAACUGUUCCGCAAUUUUGUCGGCGAUGAAAGCGCUGACCGGAUGGAAUUUUACAUCAACCACCUGACGAUGGAAGGCUGUGAUGGCAAUAAUAUUUCCUCGACUUUAAUGGCCGACGCCGAAACGACCGCCGUGGAAGAGUCCGCACCCGACGUUGCCUAUCGACCGCCAUUUCCUUUGCUGGACACGAUCGUCGAAGAGACACUGGAAGAAUUGUUGUUGGACAUGUCCGAUUCGUCACCGUCGUCGGCGUUAGCCGCGGAUGAAAGUUCUGAAAGUCCCAGUUCCAAUUCGGGCCGAUGGGGAUGGGGCUGGGGUUGGCUCAAUACCAGCGACGAUGAUUCAUCGAGCGUCAUACACGUGCCAGUUGGCGAUGCAGGAUCCUCAGCCGCAAUCACAUCUGGAUCGCUUGUACGCCAUUCCGAGCUGACUGAUGUCAAUUCAGGAAUUUAUCGGGCAGACGGGCUUGACGAGGAUUUUGAUUUGGGUAAUGACGAUGACGAUUUCGAGGAAAACGACGGCGAAGGCAGCGAGCGUGAUCAAGAGGUACCCAAAAAGAAGCGACGCAUCGGUUGCGUAAUGGAUGAAGACGACGAAGAAUCAGCCCCGUCACGUAGCCCCUCCGUGACUGAUAGCUUAAUUCAAUUUGAGGCGCUCGAGAAAGAGCUGGACAGUACGGAGGAGUCGUUUGCCGAAGAAUCGGCGGUCGUCGUUUUCCGUACAAGCGCCACGACUUUGCCUUUCGAAGACGCCGAUGACGGAAUCAUGUCUCCUGAACUAGACCCGGAAGUUUUCCUAGAUUGCAACGAGCAUUUAGAAAGUCCGAGCGCUACUAAAAACGAGAUGAUUCGGCUAGUGGCGACAUCUAGCGCCAAUUUCUUCAACUUUUUGGACGAUUUCCAAGACCCGUCCAUCAGCCAGGAAUUUUACACCACGUGCGGCUGGUUCUCUCCGCCAGCGCGUUCCUGGUCUUCGAUGCCGUCGUUGCAUUGGAAUGCAGAAGAAAUAACGGAGAUGAGGAACUGUAGGAGUGCGUGCGACGUUUCAAAGUGCGAUAGCGUCAUGGGAAUAGGCGCUUCCGGCGGUGUUGAACAGACGUACCAAGGGCGAAGAAAGGCUUUCAGACCUACACACCCGUGGGGUAUCACCUUUGAUCCAUCGCAAGAAAUUGAUGAGGGAGGGGCGGUGGAAGACGAGGACGACGAUCAGGUUAAUGACGAUGACGAUGCUAAUUGGGAGCCGGAUGGAUUCCUCAAUUCCGACAUUGAGGAGUACGACACAGGAAGCAAUUCAGACGAUGACGAUUACAGUACAGAGCGGGACGAUCGAUUCGACGAAUUCGGUCUUGGAUUCAUUUCGGGCCGAUCACAGCGAAUGCGAUCCUUCCGAAGCUACGGCGACAGCCUUAACAUGCUCGACACUGCGGAUGACCCCAUAUUGCACUCUAAUAGCAGUAGCAGCAGCAGCAGUAGUUCGAGUUGCAGUCCGGAUCGAUCCAGUCCAGAAGAAGAUCAUCGUCAUCCGUCGUCUUCUCGGUCAAGACAUUCGGUGGAAGCGCUGAGCGAGGACAGCGGUUAUGGUGACGCUUCCGGAUCUCUUCCCCUGAUCCAACAGCAAAGCAGCCCUGACAAUAACAAACGUGCAAUAGCAAGCGAGGAAGUACGGAUGGUCGACCCGUCAACACCCCCCGCCAAGUGCUUGCACACGCUCGAAUUACCCAACAGCCUUAGCCUAACCAUCUGCCUUCCAGAUGGAUCACCCCCUAGUUGCAGCCACGACGAUUGUCAAUGGCCUCCGGAAGUAGAAACAGCAACAAGGGAGAAAGACGACGACGAAUACCGCGAUGACGGCGGCAGCGGCGGCGGCGGCGGUGGCGGCGAAGGUUGGGACGAAGAAGAGAAAGCGGACGAAUGGCGUGGGGAGAACGAGGUGAAGGAUAAGACAACGAUGGUAAUUUCUGCCUUACUGUUGCGCCGCCAGCCGCGCUGCCGACCUACUCCGCUCACUUUGAAAGAAGCGGAAGAGUUUCUAAUUGACGAUGGGUCGCCGGAAGUCAUGAAUGAUGGCCAAUCCAGGUGUGUUGGCGUGUCGCAGAUUUGCAUAGACCUUGAAUCGAAGAUGAGCCACACCUUGGACGGCAACGCCGCCACGGCCGCCACGGCCACCUCUACUACCACCAAUGACGACAUCCUACAUCACCCUGGAACCGAUUUAGAAGCGUCUAAAUUUAACCCCCAAAUUGGAAGCAGCGGAUGGGAGGUUCCAGACGGAAUGGGGGAGGCAGUAAAGGCUGCAGCACAUCACCAGCAUUCAGAGGCAGCGGACGAGGAGGAGGAGGAGAAGCAACAGCAACAGCAAUACAGCCUCCACUCGACUGACGGCUCGGGUUUCCUACGGCCGCCAGACGCCUCUAAACACAACUCUGCCAGCCUUGGCCACAAUGUGACGCACUCUGACACGAUCGCCAUGGAUUCGGCAUUUUAUCCAGCUCCAGUUGUUCUUAAACGUUACGGACCGCGUCAAGAAGUUGAAGUGUACAUUAGCCAUCAACAGUUACCCGUCGGAUCGGAAGCGGAUCCUGCAGUGUCCACACCGACGGCCAACGUCUCGUCCACUUCCAUUCGCGGUGUCCAUUUCUCGCCCGUCGUUUCCGCCGUCAAUUGGCGAGAAAGUUACCUGAACCAGAGUGAAGAUGAUUGUGACGAUAAUACCUCCACCGGGUCUAGCACGACGGAAGCUAACCGAAUUCCGGAGAGAGACGAAGAGAAGGAGAAAAAUUCCGAUGCGCCGGAAUCGACUAUGAAAGUUGGGGUGGACAAACAAUCGCCAUCUAUGAUCGAACGAGUGAAAACGGUGCCUGAAGCGCCAACAGAUGUCGCCGUUUCUGUUGAGCCGAUCGAAUGCGGAAUACAAGAUUCCGGCCGGAACGAAAGCAAUAGCAACAGUUGCAUCACGACAAGCAAUAGUGCCACUACUGCUGCUGCUCCUACUACUGCUACUACUACUACUACCGCCACCAGUCAUACUGGAACAACGACAACGACAACAACAACAUCAACAUCGUCGAACAGUAAGAAGCCUCCUCUUUUCCAACGUUUCUCCUUGUCGCGGCUGAGUGCCCGUAUGUCGGCCACAUUCAGUCGUUCGGAUUCGAAACGGGAAUCGGGCAAGAAAGCAAUCGGAUCAGAUGGUGCGAUUCCCACCGAAUCGAAUGAUGUACCGACAACGGCAGAAACAACAGCGCCCGUCGCCAAGGGCAAUGGCAAGAAGAACAAGAACAAACAACAAUCGGACGCCUGUCCAGAAGUCAAGCCAACUUCUAAGAAAAUUGAUGACUUUAAAAUUGUCAAAGAGCCAAAAAAGCGAUUUUUCAGUCGAACUUUCCAACGCUCGUCGUCCACCCCACCUAUGAGCUCAUCGGGCACACCGGAAGCCAGCGUUCAAACGCGCGCCACCUUGACGCCGGUGAGCCCGUCAGCGGCGGUCGCCUCUGGCAAAGACAACAGCGGUGCCACUUUAUCGCCAAACGUUUCGUGUCGUCCGACUGAAUCGGAAUCGCAUCAGGAGUCGGUUGCCAGGCAACCGAUCACAACAUCAUCAUCCUCAUCCAAUGACGAGAAUACACCCCCAACAGAAUCGAUAUCGAUACCUGCCGCCAUUGACGCUAGUCGUACGUCAGUCGUCACCUCGAAUAGUCCUUUGGCGUGUGCUGGAAGUGGGCCGCCAAUUCCGUCGCCACGCAAUAAAGUUCACGCCAAACCCCCUCUGCCGCCUCAGACGAAGCCUCGAACGAUUCACGCCCGUAAAAACUAUUUGGUACCAGUUGAGCCAGCGCCGCCGGUUCCCAUGGUGUCAUCGGCUGGACUGCAGCACGCGCUGCAACAUUUCAAAGAGACGGCGCGGAUGGAUCGUGAACGACUGGCCAAUUCUGUACCGGAUUUAGUUGCAACGGCACCGUCCACGCCGACGCCGAGACCCACGUCCGAUUGUAUUGAUCAGCGAGGAAAUGAGAUGAUGGCUGCGUCAGCGCCGGCGCCCUCGCGACCGACGACAACGACGACGACGACGACGACCGUUUUUCCUGGCAGUCGUGAACGAGCCCGUCAGGCCGCGUUGAGUCGUGCCACUUCGGUCGAGUCGGCUUGGAAUGCCACGGCAUCGCGGGCGGCUUUGAAUCUAUCACGCCGAAAUAUUGCCUGCAGCGGCAGCAGUCAAGACUUUGUUGGUGGUGGUGCUGCUGGUGGCAUCAGUACUCAAGGUCAUGGUCGGGCCAAAUCCCGUCCAGUCGUGCCCGGGCUGUUGGAGACUAACCUGGACUGUGUGCCAUCAUCAUCGCAGCAACACCGCCAUCCUCAGUCGUACAACAGCAACAACAACAACAACCGCAACGCCAGCCCGUCCGAUGAAACUAAUUUGGACGAGCUGAUUCUCAACUUGCAACUCUUUUGCAACAACAACAAACGUGCAGUUGAAUAUUCACCGCAUACGCAGCAGCCACUAUCCGUUGACUCUGGCAGCGCCACCGCCAGCUCCGAUAAGAGAUUUAAGAGCAUGCUGAAUUUGGGUUCGUCCAGUGCACCAGCCAGUGUCCAACCCGAUAUUGACAUGAUGACCGACCAAACAUCGUCCUCCUCUACGGUUAGAGUGCCCGAUGCUAACCGCGCUAAAUCUAUGGAAUUUUUACUCGACGAGGACAAUAAAUCGACCGUUCAAGUUCCUGAGAAUCAGCUGAAAAAGUGCGGCGAAAGGAAAAUGUCAGAGCACGAACUCCGGAUCCAGCGUUCUCUACAAAAGCUUAACGUGCCGGAAUGGUAUAAAAACAAUGCCCGUUCCGGGAUCAGCGCAGACGCGACAUCUGGUGCGGCUCUUAGUAGCAGCAGCAACAACGAUGGCACGGACGGAUCGAACAGCGUGACCACAACUGGGGUCCUCCGUCGUCGAGAUUAUCACGGCGGAAGCGUCAGCUUGCGCAACGGUGGAUGGACUGGGCUGAGCAGUGCCAAUCGCGAUGCCGGAACGGCUUCCUCUAUGACCAGUUUAGGCUCGGCGCUGAGCCGGUCAGGAACGCCUACCCGCGUCGUAAUUCCCACACGAGUGCGUCCGGAUUGGCGGAGUAUCAAAUCGUCGCGUGAAUCACUUACCAGCCCAGCAGAGACGUGCAAUCCUAGCAGCUGGAAUGGGCCGACUUCGCUGAGUUCGAACCAGCAAUCGUUCUCGAGAUGGGGAAGUGGACGAUCGAGUUACAGUACCUGCCCUUCUCCAGCACCGAGCGCGUCCUCUUCCGCUUCUUCCUACCGGACAUCGUUGCUCAAUCAGCACGGCCGGGCACCCUACCUGGGCUGGCGAUCGCAGGAGAGACUAAAUGCCAAUCCAGCACCGCUAUCGCUCUAUCAGUCACCGGCCCAAAGACUUGCCUCCAGCCUUUUGACAAAGACGAGCUGUAACGAUGUUAGCGACGGUGGUGAAAAUCGUGCGGAAGUCGAACCCACUCCACCAGGCGAGCAGCGCCAACAACAGGAAACGGACGAAGUGGUGCUGUCCAACAUUCGCCAAGUCACGUCAGCCAUCGUCCAUUACGUCAGCGAGAGCAGUGAUGGAGAUCAGAAUCAGCCACCUUCUCCAGCCAACCGCAAUGGAUUGUCUCGCAGUCCCGAGCGGCAUCCGCUGGAAGCCCUUUCGAGGUCUCCGUCACCUCGUCGGCAACGCUGCCUUUGGGUGGAGAGUUCGUUUGUCGGCGGAGGAACCAGCCCCACCAGCCAUCAGCGACCGGUUGAUUCGGCACCGGCCGUGUCACCCCUCCGUCCGGAUUCACCGCCGUCUUCUUCUUCAGGAUCGAGCCAUCAUUUGCAUCAUCAUCGAUCGUCAGCCAGUACGGCCAACAGCGGACGGCCAGGGCUGAGCGAUAGAACUGUCGCCGGGCCGCUGUCGGUUGCGGAAAGAGAUGAUGGCGGUACGUCGCCACAGCUGGGCAUCUCACCGCCCAUCUCGGCCACCCUGGACGAUGUCCUAAAUUCAUUGCUGGGCCUAACGCCUCCACCAAGGCACGGGCAACUAAGACGGCCCGUCUCGCAGCCGAGCAUUCACAACAAACAAGCUCAUCAUCAACAACAACAAGACGGACAGCAGCAGGGCCAGCAGCAGCCAUAUCGCAGUCAACAUCAACAGCAGAUGCGGGGAAACAACAACAAUAACAGUACGGCUAUCCAUGAGGCCGCAUCCCGGAGCUUCAACGAUCUCCGUUCAUCCACCACCUCGACAUCCAUCAAAUAAAAUAAAAAAAAAGAUCUUAAACAAAUCAUAGGAAACACGACGAUGACAACAAUGUAGUAAUGAAGAAACAUACGCCAUUUCCUCCCCCCCCCUUCCCACCCUAAAUCUAAUUAACCAAAGUUACGAAUUAUUUCCGUUCCCAGAGGCGCACACUCAAUCAGGACGUUCUCAUCGGCGCAAGUUACUCGUGAAGCCACAGCCGACUAGAGAGAGUGUGUUGCCCGGGAGACAUAUUGCUGUAGUAAUAAAGGCGAGCAAUAUAUCGUCAGGGAAAUAUUUUUCUAUUGUAAAACAUACCGAAACGAGCGUGACGUACUUACACUGUUAUGUAGUUUACAAUUUCUGGAAGAGCGCCAGUAGUUCGAAGUGUGAUUAGAGAUUAGAAACCAGGCAGACUAUGACAAUGACGAAUAAUAAUCGAGGGCGUAUUGGCAGUUAGCUUAGUGAUUCGCAAAAGGGAUCCGUUUUCACUUGUUACUAAAGCUGUUCACGUUGUUGUAUUUUUUUGAAAUUCUCUAAUGAAUUCUGUCCACGUUUCUGCGCAGUUCUUUAACCUUUUUAUCUGAUAUAGUUCAAGUUUUAAAAAUUAUUGUACAUUGUACACGUUCUUUAAACCAUUGUUGUUGUUUUGUCUCGCUUUGAGAUGUAAAGAAUGAUUGUCUUACUGAAAUUUACCAGAAAUGAAUCGAAAUGCGGUUACGUCAUUACCCUAACGAUAACAUUUCUUUUUCUACUCCUGUUGGUCUAUUUUUAGUUGGGAUUACACAAAAGAUUUGGGAAGUGGUUUACAGAAUUUGAAAAAGUCUAGUGGCUUCCGUUACUUCGUGUGCAAAAAAGGUCCCUGGAAGGCUGAAAUCCCCGGUUACUCUCAAUAAUCCAAUUUUUGUUUGACAUGUUUACUAUUUUAAAGUUAUCACUGUCGUAGCCAUCUAGCGACUUCUUUGUGUACGAAUUUUCACUUUACACAUGGCGUUACGUUUUGAACAAGACAUAACGAAAACGAACUAACUGUGUUAAUAAACUUCACGAUAUUUUCACUUUUCACUCUUCAUGCUUUGUGAUUAAAGGAACAAUAUCUCGUGUUUGACUCUUCAACUGUGGCUAAAUAGAUAUUCACGAAUGGCGUAUUCCAGUGCUGUCAAGUGUCAAGAGCCAUUGCAAGAGUAAGAGUUAGCAGCACAGCCUAUGCCACUUGAGAAACUGUUCUAGAAAAAAAAGUUUACUAUCAUAUUAUCUUGACGACGUAAAAAUAAGCAAGCUGGUUGUGGAUGUAGGAUUUGGCAGGGGCUUCUACAUGUCUUUUCUAAGGUAAGCCAAAAUAUGGUCAAUUUGUAUGGUUUUCUUGAAUUGUAGAUAUCUCAAGGUUAGCUAACACCUGACACCUAACAGGGUUUCUUUAUAUCUCAUUUAAAGAAUAGCAGUAACAUCAUAUGGUUUGUCUGCCUACAGUUAAAUCUCCAUGUUCAAAACAAAUCUCAGUUGUGAUGAAAAAUGCUUGAAGUAAGUUUGAUUUUUUAAAGAUUUAUCCAUAUGCUUCAUCAUGCAACUAUGAGGAGCUCAUUUGGUUGAUAGGAUUAUUCUAGAAUAGCAGACAUUAAAUAGGCCUGGCUUUUUGGGGGGCAGACAAUUGAAAAUGAGAAAGAUGCAUCUUUAAUAUCACUCUGACAGACAGCUAGUUGAGACUUGAGAUUGAGAGUAAUAAGUUCGUUUUCAUUCAAGUAGUAAUAGGCUUUUUACUAUCGUUCUCUCGGCUUUUGUCCAUUUUAUGAUCGAUCCGUUCUGCAGCGAAAAGGUUGAACCUUCUGACGCAGUAUGUACGUCAUACAUUGUCAGUGAUUUAAACUAAAGAAAAGUGCUUUUAUGCAUAUCUGAUUUGAAGCUGUUCUAGACAUCAAAAGGGGCAAAUCGGUGGGAUCAACACGAAAGAAUGUUUGUUGUGAAUAGCUUGGAUUAUUAAAAUAUUUUUCUCAUUCUUCUGUUGCAAAUUCCAGUAUUGUACUUUUGCCCUUGCACGAAAAUGCCAAGGUUAUUGUAGCUAAAACUAAAAGACUUACGUAAAUUUCCCUGGAUGAUAGAUUUUGCAUAUACUUUUUUUUUCCCCUUCGUGAGUCCAUCAAUUGCAAUAUUAAUGGACUACACACUGCACAGUGCACACCCCUUAUUGCGGCACUCUGCAUAAUGAAAAGCCGUGCUAGAUCGAGCUUCGAUGUCGUUUUUUUUUUUUUAUCUUAGCUUUCUUAGCACUAGCAAAAGCAAUCUUAGAUGAACCAAGUUUUUAAUGCAUACUUUCUGGUUCUACCGCUAGUAUUUUUUUUUUCGUCACGAAACAAGAUCCCUGUCUAAUGUUUUCCCUCGGCUUUCUUGAGAAAAACAUUUCCUCAUCUUUUCGUAUCCAUAACAUUACUGCAUUUAUGACUUCCCAUGGCUGAUAGCUGUCACGAAAGCUAUAUGUUGCCCGGUUUUUUCUCCAUUUUUCCAAGCACAAAUUCAUGCGACGUCAUGCAGCACAAUUUCCAUUUUGGCAUGCAUCAGCCACUCCCCUUUUUAUCUUCAAUUUCAGAAUGGUGACAUUGAAUAUGCUAUCCAUCGACCAAAACAUCCGGUGAAUAGUGCCGUGGUUGUUUCUGCGGUAUAAGUGAUUAUCUUAAGGUUUUCUCAUAUUUCAUAGUUGCUGGAUGGUAUUGAGCUUUACGAAUGCAGCUAAUAUCUGUUGUUACUACUUUAUUAAAAAGUACCGAUACAAUACUCAUCCACUUAUUUCUUGGGAACUGAAAGAGGAGUUAGGGAUUGUUUCGUGUUUUUGCUUAAUUGAACCGAAUUAUUAACCAAGCUACUUUCAGUUUCUUGCGUACCGUUCUUCAAAGCGACAUAAAAAAGUUAUUUGAAUUUUGAAAGAAAAAACUGUGAUGGCGUUUAAACUUUAAACUCCCAUGCAAGAAGAUUUUCUUCUUUCCUGUUUUCAAAUUGAUGCUACUACGCCAUCUCUUGAGCUUCCAUCCCUUUAGCAUUCUAUUAUCGGCAUCAGCGGAUGGAUUAGAAAAAAACAAAAAUGGCGCGAAACUUUUACGUCUGGUACCGUACAUUUUGGGUAAUGGGAGUAUGGGACCAUUUCGCUUCAAUAAUUUAAUUCUCGUGAUUCGUGAGUCAAUUGGAUGCCUCCAGCGAUAGUGAUGUAUCGAUCAGGUCCCCGCAGGGAACAUUGUCCCAUUCUUAAACUAAGAUUCAGUACUAAUUCAUUGCCCGUCAAUAAAGCUUCUUCGUCACCGUUGAGAACUAUUUAAGUUUAUUCCACAAAUGGCAAAAAAAAGAACUUCCAAUCUUGCAAGCAGGUCUCAACCGAAAUCUAUACAAAAGUUUCAUAAAAGG